UCUGAAAAAUUGUAAAAGGAAAAAUUUGUGCUAAAUUAAGUUACUCAAUCAGGAAUUAAAAUGGUUGUUGCCUGCGCAAUGCAGAGCUUUGCGAGAGAACAACAACAGGAAACAGUAAAGACGCCACAAAGCGCUCAAAGUAUGAAGGGCGAAAGUUUUAACAAUGAACAAGAAAAUGACGCCUCAGCCACAUUUUCUGAUCGCGAGGAGGGCGAAAUUAUUGAUGAAUUUGAGAUGAUUAUAUCGUCCGAAGAUGAAGAGUUCAAGUUGCGUGCACGCAUACAGCAACUAGAGGACAAAAGCAAGGACAUUGAGAAAAUGGAAAUGCUGUCGGCCAACUUGUCCAAUCAAUAUAAUUAUCCAAGUGGGCUGGCGAGUGAAAAGUGUGCGCGCUAUCAUCAUUUCUCACCCAUCAGCAUUCUGUCCGAUGUGUCGAGCAUGUCGGAGGCAGAGUAUGAACCGCCUAGGAAGUAUCGCAAGCACAAGACGAAGCGCACGGAGUACAAAAAGACAAUAAAACGCUAUCCGUUUGCAAAUCGUGCGUACCCACAGCAGCAGACGCAACAGGCUCGAAAAAAGCGAAAACACGAUAAUUAUCGUUACCAUAAUCAUCAGCAAUCGGCGAAUAUGCUGAAUUCAUAUGACAGCAUGACAGACAGCGAGCACGGCGAGUAUGAUGACGAUGAUGACAAUGAGGAUCUCGAACGACUUAAAUUGAGCCGCGACAAGCUGCGCGUAGCACUGGCGCGUACAGGAAAUUACGACAUUAAGCCAAAGCACAGCCUCAAGGAACGUCUGCAGUGUCGCCUGCGCAAACCGCCAAGUCCCGAGCCCAAUUUGCCAGCAGAUGCUGUUGAUGGAGUAUUCAGCCAAGAGCAACAACUGCCGCCAAACUCAUUCGAUGGCUACAGUCGUCGUUUCAAGGCUGAGGAGCCACCACCACCACCGCCGCCGCCACCGCCGCAACUGUCGCUGCAGAGUGAUGAGUCGCCGGAGAUCAAGCUGCGACUCAUUGCACUCAAGUCAGCAAUAUUAAAGAAGCAUAUGGCACGUAAGAAGCGCGAUGCGGAACGUGCCUAUUCCCCUACAGAUAUGAUCAAUCGGGUGCAUAAGCCGAAUGCCAGUACCGAAUGCGAUGACCUAGACGAUUUGAUGGAAAUUAGCCCGGCCACAUCGCCGGAUAACACAGUACAAAGCCCACCGCCGCCAAGUUUCGAGCCCGUUGACAUGGAGUUGGUGGAUAGCGAUAGCGAUGAUGAUGCACCAGCCUGGUCCAAUGGCUGCCACCCAAUGUCCAAUGCUGGUGGUAGCUGGCGCUGCUUUAUGCCCAAUUCCUUGCCCCCGCCCGUUAGCAUGCCAAUUGUUAUUGAUGAUGAGGAUGAUGAGCUAGGUCAAAGACGACACUAUGACGUGCCACCGCCGCCACCACCACCCUUUAACAUUCCAGAAGUGCACAUGCUGGAGGAUGAUGAUGCUAGAGAUGGCCUGCAUAUGUCAGAGCGGCAUUCGCAUCAUGGAUCUCUUAUCGACCUCCAGUCGAUCUCAAUGGACAACUCCCAAACCCAGACUGAAAUGUCACAACCAUUCCAGAUGGCUUCCAGCGAUGAUGAAGCUGGUGCGCUGCGUGCCAUGUUGUUAUCCAAGCUUAAGCCGACGUCGAAUGUAAUGCUGCCCGAAGAAACGUCGGAACCAGCGCAGCCAGCUGAGGAAAGCUCCGACAUGCACGACUCGGAUGAUCCUGAGGCGCUACGACUGCUAUUGCUCUCUAGCAUUGCAUCUAAAAAGAAAACCAAACCGGAGGAGCCAGUGUCUGCCAGUCCAGAAAUACUCAAAAUGGCUGUGCGUCGCUUUCAAAGUGUCGAGCCACAAAGCAACGUCCAACCUCCACAAGUUUUAUCCGAAGAGCUGCCAGUGGCAAUUGAAGCUGUUCCUGUUCCAGUUUCUCAUUUGGCGCCACAGAUGCUGCACACACCGGAGCUCACAGCUGUUCCUGUGCCUGUGCCAAUGCCAGUGCCAUCACCGCAAGCAAUCUCUGCGCCUGCAAAAAAUAUAUUUAAGAUUGUAAAGCCAAAUAAGGUGAUUAACAAGAAAACUACGCCAAAGCGCAAAGUAUCCAAAGGGAUCGAACCAGCGCCGCCGGUUAAGCGUCCAGCUACAUUGCUCGUUAAGGAGCCUGUGGCGCCACUGCAUACUCACAACAGCACAAGCUCAACGCGUCUAAUUACCAAACUGGAUCCGGCGAUUAUUAAGGUACAAAGACUGGUAAUCGCGCUGGCCGAAGAGUCAUCCGCAGGCAGCGAUGAUGAGCUUGAGCUCAGAGGUUGUCUUGCUUUUAAGAGUUACUCCAGCUAUGCGGACAAUGCCAGCCCUCUUAGUCUGGCCAUGGACAGUGCCAGCAACUCCACAACGCGUUCUAAUACGCCGAAUUCCGAAAUUCUGGAUUCUGGAGCGGCUGCCAGCAGCAACAGCAAUCUUCGACGCACUGUCAUCAAUGAGUAUUUCGAAAAGAGAGUUGAUGAUUUUCUAAAGCAAGCGCGCUCCCAGGCUCCACCUGCAGCUACACCACUGUCUUCUAGUAAAGCCAAUGCGGAAACAGUGGACGCAAAAAAGAAACCACUUACAGUCAUUGGUCAGAAUUCUAUUGCUGUUUCCAAACCAACUCCCGUGGCUGUGAAACAUUUGCCGGUGGCUUCGCAAAGGGAAUACCUGCGUCUUGUCGAGCGCAUGCAGCUGCUGGAAAAGAAAAAGAUUUGCAUUGUCAAAUCAAGCAGUGGCAACUCAAUAGCCGCUGCCAAAAGCUCACCCACUUCAACCACCAAAGAGAACACAGCAGCUGUCAAGCGAGCAACGAAUUUAAAUAAGCCACGUCCAGCGGCAGCGAAGCCAAAUUUGACGACGCCUGUUGUUGCAAACAAAGCUGUGGAUAGCCAAGCUAUAGAGCAGCCAAGCACAUCCGCAGCCGCCAUAAAGAUUGUGCCACCCUCAAAGGAGAGUCGAUUGAAAGCAUUCGAGAACUCUUUUCAUAAAAUUGGCGGCAGCAUGAUUUUAAAUCUGGACAAGUCGCGCCUGAUGGUGGAGGAGGCCAUGAAAUCAAAGAUAGCGCGACUGCGUUGCUCAAAACGUUUGAAGGAACUGCACGAAGAGAUGCUGGCUGUGAAGCAGGAGGUCAAAGUGGAGGAGACAAAGCUGGCACGCCUGCAGCCCGAGAUACAGGCCAGCCAUGAGAUCAUCAUAUCGCUAAAGCAAAAGCGCAACAAAUUGCGCAACGCUGCCAUGGACUUGGGCAAUGGCCUACGGGGCGCUGACUACAGGUUGCCGGAUCCAGGAAAGGCCGAAGUAGUGCGCAAGUCCACGGAGCUAACCAAAGAGAUUCGACUCUAUAACUCAAUUGCCAAGUUUGAGGAUAUAGCGCGGCUUAAGCUCGACUCAAGCCCCGAUGAAACGCCAGCAACUGCAACUGCCAACGUAACAGCUUUAGAUGAUAGUUUUCAGCUGUCUAGCAGCUAUAACGAGCUUGCUACCAUUAACUGUGAUAGUCAAGCUCAGAACGAUGUUGCCAGAACUGAAACGCAACAGCUAGAGAAGCAGCAGGAGCAGGAGCAGUCGACAGCGUCAAGUGAUUGUACUGGAGCGAAUCAACUGAACGAUGAUACACCCGCAGCAGCAGCAGCUCCAACUCCAACUCCAACUGCGGUGCCCAGCCAAUCGAUGGCCCAGGACUCUGCUUACAGCAGUCAGUUUAUGCGGCAGCUGAACGAAGCUCCCACUGGCGCCUCCCUACUGGGCGAAUAUCGCACGCCCAUGUCCCGCAACUACAACAGUCUGCUCAAUGUGAAUGCCACCGUCUGCCCCUUUGAGUUGAUGGGACGCUGCGAGGACACCGACUGCUCAUAUCUGCAUUUGAAGCGUGUGACAAGCGAGUCCAUCUUGAAGAGUGCUGCCAAAUGACUGCUCCACAAGCAAUCGGAUUAAAGACAAAAAAUUCUAAUUAAAAAAAAAAAAGCAAAAAAAAAACAAGUUAACAAAAACAACAUUCUAAAUAGCGUGCUUGAAUUCUGGUAAGUUGAACUCUUCACGCAAUUUAUAUUUAAAUGUUGCUUUCAGUCAACGAGAUACUCUAAACUAAAAACUAAUCAAAUUAUCAAUUGGAGCCAAAGCUGGAGAUCGAGCGACGCUCUCCAGGACGUGUGACAAAAUACAAUUCGUUGUUAACACAUUGUUAUUGUUAUAUACAUUUAUAACGUUCAUUUACAAUUCACGUGGUGUUGUAAACUAGUGCAAGUUCGUUCGUAAUUUUCAAACUGAUCCUGAUCCGUUUCGAUUCGAUUCGAUUAGCAUUUGCUCUGCAUAUCUUUUUGCCAUAUAUACUACAAAUAAGUUUAAGUUUGAACGCGUCUUGAUAUAGUUUUCUACCGAUUCCAUUUAUAAUAUAUCAACAUUUAUAUUAAUCCUUCGUAUUGAAUGGGCACUCGAGCGAUUAUUAUUUCAAUUUUAUU